AUCCCUUACCACCAUCUCGUUUGGAAAUUAAUAAAGAAAAAUCUACACUCACAAGCUUGCAGGUUCAAUGGGAUCCUUCCUCAGGAAAAGUGGACUUGUAUAACCUAGUGUUAUUUGAUCAUGAUAAUAAAAAGAUACAAGAAGUCUCUGUACCAGGAAAAAAUGCAAACCCAGAAAAUACGUUUUCCAGUCUCAUCCCUGGGAAUAAAUACAACAUUGUCCUCACUGCAGUUGCUGGAAAUAAGACUAGCCCAGAACUUCGCAUAAGUGGAUCUACUGUGCCAUCCCCUGUGAAGAAUAUUCAGGUCAGUGUCAAGACAGACAGCAUCCAUGCUUCAUGGUCUCCUGGCUCUGGACACGUGGAUCAUUACAGGCUGGUGUUACUGGAUAAUCAUGUCCCAGUUCAUGAGAUUAACCAGGAAGAUUCUCUGACCUCCUACACUUUUUCAGGACUUACUGCAGGCCACCUCUAUAACCUCUCUAUCAUAACCCAGGCUGCAGGAUUGGAGAGCAGCAGUUUUCAAACAGUCAGGACAGCCCCAGCUGAAGUCUUAGAUUUGACGGUGACUAAUGAUGGCAGCUUCGAUGCUUUAAAAGUUAAGUGGAAAAGACCUGCGGGAAAGCUCAAUUUCUAUAAUAUCACUCUGUCUCAUCUUGGAUCAGUUCAAAAAGUCAAAACUGUACAGCCACCAGUCACUGAGACUCACUUUGACAAGCUAACUUCAGGACGUCUUUAUCAGGUUACUGCCCGCACAAUCAGUGGUGAACUGUUUACUGAUCGGAUGGCAACUGGCAGGACAUUUCCCCAGAAGGUUUCGGAGCUGAAGGCCAGUGCUAGCGGCUGGCUGAGGUCUCUGCGAGUGACCUGGCUGCCCCCUGUGGGAGACUGGGAGAGGUACCACCUGCUCCUGUGGAACCGCUCGGCCCUGCUGCUCAACACCACCCUGGAGAAGGACACCACGGAGUACCUCAUCCACGGCGUGGGCCUCGUCCCGGGGAGGCAGUACAGUGUGGAUGUCGUUGUGGAGAGUGGCGAUUUGCAGAGCCGGACUAGUUGCGCAGGGAGAACAGCUCCAGAGCCUGUUCUCCAGCUCCGUGUGAAGCAUGCUAAUGAAUCUUCCCUUAGUGUCAUGUGGAUGACUCCUGUUGCAGAAUGGGACAGCUAUGUGGUUUCCCUGGGAGACAGUGAUCUUACGAUCAUAAAAAAAGGGCUUGCUAAGGAAGCUAAGGAAUUCACUUUCACUGGCUUGAUACCUGGAAGAAAAUAUACAGCUGCUGUCACUACCAUUAGUGGGACUUUAAGCAACUGGACUUCAGUGGAAGGAAGAACAGUGCCAGCCCAAGUGACUGGUCUGACUGUGGCAAGUCAAGGAUCGACCAACAGCUUGUUCACCAACUGGACAAGAGCACUGGGAGAUGUAGACUCAUACCAAGUGCUACUGAUUCACGAGAAUGUUGUCAUUAAAAAUGAGACUGUUCCCAGUGAAACCAACAAAUAUCACUUCUAUCCUCUGAAACCUGGAGGACUCUAUUCAGUUGUUGUCACCACUGUCAGCGGAGGGAUAUCUUCGAGGCAAAUGAUUGCAGAGGGAAGGACAGUUCCUUCCAGCGUGACUGGAGUAACAGUAAAUAACUCUGGUCGCAGUGACUACCUCAGUGUUUCUUGGCUGCCUGCUGCUGGAGAUGUAGACAGUUAUUUGGUAACACUCUCUCACGAUGACCAGGUUGUUCAGACUCUCACCAUUUCCAAAUCCGUCAGUGAAUGCUCCUUCAGCAGCCUUACUCCUGGGACACUUUACAAUGUGAUGAUAACCACGAAGAGUGGGAAGUAUGAAAAUUAUUCCUUCAGCCAGGAACGAACAGUCCCUUCAAGUGUUCAGGGACUUACUGUCAGCAAUUCAGCCAGAAGUGACUACUUGAAGGUGUCCUGGUUACACGCAUCUGGAUAUUUUGAUAAUUAUGAAGUGAUCAUCAAGAACAACAAUGAUUUCAUCCAAACAAAAAGUGUCCCAAAGAAUGAAAAUGAAUGUGUGUUCACUAAUCUGGUCCCAGGGAGGCAGUACAGUGUCACAGUCAGCACAAGGAGUGGGAAAUACGAAACCAGUGAAAGGGUCUAUGGCAGAACAAUGCCAGAGUCAGUGAAGGAACUGACUCUUAGUAACAGGAGCACAGAAGAUCUGCAGGUAACUUGGUCGAAGGCUGAGGGGGAUGUUGAUAAAUAUGAGAUUCAACUCCUCUUCAAUGAUAUGAAGAUCUUCCCACCCAUUUUCCUUGGGAACACCAUUGAGGAGUAUUGGUUCACAGCUCUGACUCCAGGACGUCUAUACAAAAUUCUUGUCUUGACCAUCAGUGGAGAUGCACAACGAGCUACUUUCAUAGAAGGCCUGACAAUUCCAAGUGUGGUCAGAAACAUUCAUGUGUCACCUAAUGGCAUGACAAACAGCCUGAAAGUGAGCUGGACUCCUGGAGGUGGAGAUGUUGAUUCCUACACAGUGACUAUAUUUCAGCAAAACCAUCAGCUUGAUUCCCAGAGUGUCUCCAAACACAUCUCUGAGCACAUGUUUCACAAGUUGGAAGCUGGGGAGCAGUACCGAGUGGUGGUGCAGUCUAACAGUGGCACCUUGAACAACAGCUUAGCAGCUUUUGGGAGAACUGUUCCAGCCUCUGUCCAGGAAUUACUAGCCCAUCAUGCUUACAGCAGUCAUUCCUUGUUAGUAACCUGGCAGAAAGCUCCUGGUGUAGCUGAAAGAUAUGACAUUCUGCUCUUGAAUGAGCAAGGAGUCCUCCUGAGCAACAAAUCAGAACCAGCUACUGCCAAACAGCACAAAUUUGAAGAUUUAUUAGCCGGCAAGAAGUAUAAAAUACAAGUUUUGACAGUCAGUGGUGGGCUCUUCAGUAAGCAUGCAGAAACUGUUGGCCGAACAGUUCCAGCAGCUGUUACAAAUCUGAAGGUCACAGAGAACACCACUGACCGACUGUCCUUCAGCUGGACCACCUCACCAGGGGAGCUUGAUUCAUAUGACAUCUUCCUAUAUAACCCAGACAAGUCUCUUCAUGACAGGAUUUCAGGAGAGCAGCACCUCCAGCAGUGUUCAUUCCAGAACCUGCGUCAAGGCAGAAUGUAUCGAAUGGUCAUUGUUACCCACAGUGGAGACCUCACUAAUGAGUCAUCUGUCUUUGGAAGAACAGUACCAGCCCCAGUUGUGGGUCUCAGGGCAUCCAACCGGAACAUGACGGACAGUCUGUGGUUCACAUGGGCUCCAGCAGCAGGAGAUGUUGACUUCUAUGAGCUAAAUCUUUACAACCCGAAUGGGACACAGAAAGAAACCUGGCGAAGAAAAGACCUGAAAGAGUGGCAUUUCCAAGGGCUUAUUCCUGGCAGAAAGUACUCUUUGGUUGUGGUGACUCACAGUGGUGACCUGACAAACACAGCAAACGCUGAAGGAAGAACAGCACCCAGCCCUCCUAACACUGUAUCCUUUACUGAUGUUGCAAACACUUCUUUAUCAGUCACUUGGCGGGGUCCUCCAGACUGGACAGACUAUGAUGAUUUUGAGCUGCAGUGGCUUCCAAAGGAUCCGCUCACAGUACUCAAUCCCUACAGCAGCAGCAAAUCUAAAGUACGCAUCAUCUAUGGCCUGCGACCAGGCAGACUCUAUGAGUUCAGCAUCAGAACCAUCAGUGGCAACAGCUGGAAGACAUACAGUCAGUCACAGUCGGCAAGUGUGAGAACAAGACCAGACAAGAUACAAAGUCUUCAUUGUCGGCCCCAAACCUCUACCGCCAUCGCAUGUUCCUGGACUCCUCCUGAUUCUGACUUUGAUGGGUAUAGCGUCGAAUGCAAAAAAGUGGGCAGUGACGUGGAAUUUUCUAAAAGGAUAGAAAAAGACAAAUCUCUACUUAAUAUCAUGACCCUCGUUCCCCACAAGCGAUACCUGGUGUCCAUCAAGGUGCAUUCUGCAGACAUGACGAGUGAAGCAGUUGAAGACAGCACCAUCACAAUGAUCGAUCGCCCCCCUCAGCCACCUCCAGACAUACGAGUCAACAAAAAAGAGGUUCUGAUUACCAAGUCCUCCAUCAACUUUACUUUUAACUGCAGCUGGUUUAGUGAUACUAAUGGAGCUGUGAAGUACUUUACUGUGGUUGUGAGAGAGGCUGAUGGUAGUGAAGGACCAAAGCCUGAUGAGCAGCACCCAUUACCGUCCUACCUGGAGUACAAACACAACGACUCUAUACGCAUCUACCAGACAAAUUAUUUUGUCAGUAGAUGUGCUGAAAACCCUGACAGUGACUAUAAAAGCUUUGACAUUAAGCUUGGAGGAGAAAUGGAAAAUCUGGGAGGAAAGUGUGAUCCAGAUCAUCAGAAAUUCUGCGAUGGACCUCUAAAGCCUCGAACUGCGUAUAGGAUCAGCAUACGAGCUUUUACCCAGCUUUUCAGUGAAGAUCCAAAGGAGCUCCCUAAACCACUCUUUGCAGACACCUUCUUCUCUUUACCGAUCACUACAGAGGCAGAGCCUCUGUUUGGCGUUAUUGAAGGUGUGAGUGCUGGCUUGUUUCUGAUUGUGAUGUUGGUGGCUGUUACUGCUUUAUUUGUCUGUAGACACAAAGUUGGCAGUGGCCAUGACAGACCUACAGCAAGGCUGAGCAUUCGCAGGGACAGGCCACUGUCAGUCCAUCUGAACUUGGGCCAAAAAGGGAACCGGAAAACUUCCAGUCCGAUCAAAGUCAGUCAUUUUGAAGCACACUUCACCAAACUUCAAGCAGACUCCAACUACCUUCUGUCCAAGGAGUAUGAGGACUUGAAAGAUGUGGGUCGAAAUCAGACAUGUGACAUAGCUCUUCUGCCAGAGAACAGAGGGAAGAAUCGAUACAAUAAUAUAUUACCCUAUGAUACAUCAAGAGUGAAGCUUUCCCAUGUGGAUGAUGACCCUUGUUCAGACUACAUUAAUGCAAGCUACAUACCAGGCAAUAAUUUCCGCAGGGAAUACAUAGCAACUCAGGGCCCUUUGCCUGGCACCAAAGAUGAGUUCUGGAAGAUGGCAUGGGAGCAAAAUGUUCACAAUAUUGUUAUGGUAACCCAGUGUGUUGAGAAGGGCCGGGUAAAGUGUGAUCACUACUGGCCCCUUGACCAGGAUUCCUUGUACUAUGGAGACCUGAUCGUUGAGAUGAUGUCUGAGUCAGUGCUCCCAGAAUGGACAAUACGAGAGUUUAAAAUUUGCAGUGAAGAGCAGCUUGACUCAACGAGGCUCAUCCGUCACUUCCACUAUACUGUAUGGCCAGAUCAUGGUGUGCCAGAGACCACCCAGUCCCUGAUUCAGUUUGUCAGAACCGUAAGAGAUUAUAUCAACAGGACUCCAGACACAGGACCAACUAUUGUACACUGCAGUGCUGGUGUUGGCAGGACUGGCACAUUCAUUGCACUGGACCGAAUUCUGCAGCAGCUGGAUUCAAAGGACACUGUCGACAUUUAUGCAGCAGUGCAUGACCUAAGGCUUCACCGCGUUCAUAUGGUUCAGACAGAGUGUCAAUAUGUCUAUCUACAUCAAUGUGUGAGAGAUAUGUUAAGAGCCAGAAAACUUCGCAGUGAACAAGAAAAUCCCUUAUUUCCAAUAUAUGAAAAUGUGAAUCCAGAGUAUCACAGAGAUGCUGUUUAUUCAAGGCACUAAGAAUGUUAGAGAUAUCUGCUUUUGUGACCACACUUGUUAACCAAGGGUUUUGUUUGGGGUUUUUUAUGUAUGUAUUUCAUACACCAGAAAGGUGCCAGACCUUUCUACUGAGACUGUGUAUAAUUUAUUGGUCUGGUGAUUUUUUUAAAGAUAUAUAAUUUAAUGUAAUA